AUGGCUCCACCUAAGGUCUUCCUCACUGGAGCAACCGGCUAUAUCGGCGGAGAUGUUUUCUACGCCGUGAGCCAGGCUCACACCGACUGGGAGAUCUCUGUUCUUGUCCGCAGCAAAGAAAAGGGAGCCAAGCUCGCGGGCGAGUAUCCGAAGGUGCGCAUUGUUUACGGAGACCUAGACUCGGCCGAUAUCAUUGAGGAAGAGACCAAAAAUGCAGACAUUGUCUUCCACUGUGCCGACUGCGACCACGUCGCCUCUGCUACUGCUAUUGCAAAGGGCGCCACCCACCACACUCCUGAGAGGCCCCUCUGGCUCAUCCACACCUCAGGCACUGGCAUUUUGACGGUGGAGGACUUCCGUACCAACACCUGGGGUGUUGAGCGAGCCAAGCAGUAUGAUGACUGGGACGGCGUUGAUGAGCUUCUGAAUCUUCCCGACGAUUCACUCCACCGCAAUGUCGACAAGAUCAUUCUCGCGGCUGGCCAAAAGGCCCCUGAUAGUGUGAAGGUGGCUAUAGUUUGCCCACCGACGAUCUACGGUCCUGGCCGUGGGCCCGGGAAUCAGAAGAGUGUUCAAGCGUACUGGCUGGCCGCUGCGGUUCUCAAGAGGAAGAAGGGUUUCUUAGUUGGGGAGGGAAAGAAUGUCUGGCACCAGGUUCACGUCCAAGACCUGAGCGAUCUCUUCCUCCGUCUGGGGGAAGCAGCAGCAGCCGGCGGCGGUGAUGCUACCUGGAAUGACAAGGGAUACUACCUGGCUGAGAAUGGCCCCUUCGUUUGGGGAGAUAUCCAGCGGGCAGUCGCGAAAACGGCUUACGAGAAGAAGCUCAUCCCUUCGCCUGAGGUCGAAUCGAUAAGUGAUGCGCAGGUGAAGGAGCUGAAUGAAUUCGGACUGUACGCCUGGGGCAGCAACUCCAGGGGUACAUCGUACCGUGCAAAGAAACUCUUGGGCUGGUCGCCAAAGCAGCCCAGCUUGCUGGACUACAUCCCCUCGAUUGUGGAUAUUGAAGCCAAAGAGCUUGGGAUGGCUUAA